CCCUCUCUACCUGUAAUAAUUAUCAUACCGCACAGUACACUAUGUUAACAGUGCUUGGUCACAGAGAGACUGGGGACCCCCCCCUCCCCUCACUGCCCACCUUUACCUGUAAUAAUUAUCACACAGUCUAGUGCACUGAUGUUAACACUACCUGGCCACAGAGACUGGGGACCUCCUGUAGUGCAGCAGUAAGGUGAUAAUAAUGGAGUCAAUGGUCUUAUGGAAGAGGAAGUUUUCCCCCAUUCACCCAGCCUUAAAUUAGCUGUCCCUAUUGGUCUUGGUGACAUAUAAGAUACAAGGCACUUAUACCACACAGCCAGUUAAUGAGAGUAACACAACCAGUUCAUGAGAGUACUGUUGGAGCUACAGGAGAGCCACUGGCAGAGAACAGACAUCAGUGUGAGAAUGGAGGACUAAAGUGUAUCUUUUGAAACUGUAUCUUCCUCAAAUUGGUGAAUAUAUCUAGUUCAAGGAACUGUAAAUAUCACCUCACAAGAAUAGGAUUAAGUAAUUAAUUUAAUUUAACAAGAAACUACUGCUGAGGUCAGUGGCACAUUACAACAAGAGAGCAAAUCAAGGGGGAAGUAAACAAGGAGCAAGGCAGUCCACAUCCCCAUGGCAUCUCUAGUGGACCAGGCCACCCGUCACCAGUCUACAGGACUCCAGGUCAGAGAUGGGAAACUCCUCCAGCUGAGUGCUCACCCCAUGUUUUCAGAACUCCAGGCCACCCUGGCCACCCAGUGUCAGCAGGCAGCCGUCCCUUACUCCUUGGUCAGUCCAGAGAAAAUGAGCAGUGGUCAACAGGAGGGUCAGGCCACGCCAGUCCUGGAGGCCGUCUUGCACUCCGAGUUCCGUAAACUGUCUAGUUUACAGAACGAGAAAGUCGCGCAGCUGGAGUCAUUCUUCAACACGCAGUGUGCUGUGAUCGAGACCCAGCGCAGCGACGCCAUUGCCGACCUGGCUGGUACCAUGGACAGGAGCAGCUUUGAGCACCAGCUGAAACUGAUCCAUAAAUUCCACGACCAGCAGAGAGUCCAUCUCACUCUCAGAGUCAGUGCCAGUUUAAACCUGCUCAAAGACUCUCUCCCUGAGGACCCAGAGCUCUGCACAACCAAAAAAACCAAGAACAGACUUUUAAAUCCUAAGGCUGUAGAAAUCAUGCAAAACUGGUAUGACAUGCACUGUGAGAAUCCUUACCCCACAGAGGAGGAGAAGAGAGACCUGGCUGAGCAGGGAGGGAUAUCUCUAGGGCAAGUUAAAGCUUGGUUUGCCAACAAACGGAACAGAAACUGUAACACAAAGCCCAAACACCAUCGCAGAAAGGCUGCAGAGGAUUUUCCAAAAAUCUAUUCCAGACAAAACUCCACAGAGGUAAAUACCUCCAGUAAACCUUGUGACAGGAAAGUACUGAAUGCUUGGGAGAAUAAUAUUUCUGAUCAUAAAAACUUUGAUAAUAACAGAUCUCAUAAAAUCCACUCAGAUUUUAGUCAACAGGAAUAUAACGACAUGAUUAAAGAACUCGGUGAACUGGUACAAACUACUACAACAAUAUCACAGAAAGAUCUGAUAUUGACUUCUGAUUUUGACUUCUAAAAAUUGACUGUGAAUGUGCUCAAAGCUGUAAGUUACAUGUCAUAGAAAAGAUGUAAUCAUAAUAUACAGGGAGUUAUUACUUUCAAAUUCCUGACAGCACUGUUACUGCAAUAUAUUGUUAAGUUAUGUUUUGAUAAAAUAAUAUUUGACAAAUAACAGUGUGACAAAUAUUGUAACAUCACUUAGACAAACUAAACCCAUGUUAGACAUUCAGCUUAAAUGACCACAAAAUAUAUUAAACUCAAAGUUUAUUUAUUAGUUGAGCUAACAGACUAGAACAAUGCUUUCCCUUCUGUCAAAUAAUAAAAAAUAUUUAAAAGAUAUUUUUAAAAAUCUUGUUUCUUUUUAGGGCUAUCUUGUAUUAUAAAUUUUUAUUUUAGAUUUCUACUCAUGUCGAAUCAAUGGUUUAUAAAUUCUUAAUUCUUGUAAAUAGUAUA